CAACUCCCCACGGGGUUCCAUUCUUCCCCACAAUUCUCCACAAUGUCUCAUUCCCAAAUCCCUAACACCACACCAACGGACUCCAAGCCCACCAGUACCCACCAUGAACCAGCCAUAGAAACAGAGUCCCAACCCAACACUCCCCCAGACGGGGGAGCAGCAGCGUGUUUAGUAGUCCUAGGCUCCUGGUGCUGCUCAUUCUCAAGUCUAGGCUGGAUAAACAGUAACCCCCUCUUCCCCCCUUUCCCCUUCCACCAACACAAACCACAGGUAUGGGCAGUUUCCAACAAUACUACCAAAUCGGGCCCCUGCACGACUUCCUCACCAGCACCAUCGCCUGUAUCCCCUCCCUGCAACUCUUUUUCCUCUUCGCACUAGGUCCCAUCGUAGGGAUUCUAUUCGAUAACUACGGUCCGCGACCGUUGGUCAUAGGCGGGACGUUCCUGCAUGUGUUCGGUCUCAUGAUGGCGAGUUUGGGGUGGCGAUAUGCGCAUUUUCUUGCGGCGCAGGGGGUGGUUAGUGCGGUGGGGUUGCGUGUUUGUUUACACCUGGUUUGUCGACCCCUUUUGUCAUGUCGAUGUAUUUAGGAUGGUACUGACGCAGAGUUGGAAAGCGUUGGCGUAUAUAUCAACCUGCUUCUCAAAACUACGGGCUUUGGCACUAAGUACCCUCUCGACUGGUGCCUCAAGUGGGUGUGUGGUAUUUCCCAUUGUAGUUAGUCGCAUGAUUGAAACCAUUGGAUUUCCCUGGACCAUGCGUACCUGCGCUCUCAUAAUCCUUGGUUUAAAGUCCAUUGCUAUUUUUGCGGUUCGUUCGAGAACUACUCCGGUAUCUAGUAAGAUUUCUGCUGGUCGAAUUUCUGCUCCUUUUAGAGAGUCUCCAUUCCUUUUGUUGCUGUUUGGUGUUUUCGUCAUGACUUUCGGGGCUUAUGUGCCUAUUGUUUAUAUCGCUGUUCAGGGAUUUCAGCAGGCACAUAUGUCGAAUGAGAUGGCCCAACAAUUGGUGGCCAUCUACAAUGCGUCUAGGUAAGUACCCACCAGCACCCAAAAACCUUGCGAAACACUAGCUAAUAAACCACAAGCCUAAUCGGCCGCCUGAUAGCUGGCUACACAGCCGACAGACUCGGCCGCUAG